AGGCUGGGGCGGAGGGGCCAGUCACCUGCCCAGGGACCAGAGAUCAAAGCCACAGCUGCCGCAGACAGACCACCAGGGCUGAGGAUUCACUCACUGCCCAUGGCCGGCCGGGCAGGGACAGGAGAAUGAGAGGCCUCCGCUGGCGGUACACUCGGCUGCCCAGCCAGGCGGAGGACACCCUGUCUGGGGAGGAGGGUAAGGAAGAGGAGGAGGAGGAGGCGGCGGCAGCUCCAGCCUCAGCUGCUACUCCUGAGGAUCCCACGAUGCCCCAGCUGACAGAAGCCAGCCAGGUUCUGAGUGCUUCAGAGAUUAGGCAGCUCAGCUGUCACUUCCCACCAAGAGUCACCGGCCAUCCCUGGAGUUUGGUCUUCUGCACGUCAAGGGACGGUUUCAGCCUGCAGAGCCUGUACCGGCGGAUGGAGGACUGCAGUGGGCCAGUGCUGCUCGUGCUCAGGGACCAGGACAGGCAGAUAUUUGGAGCCUUCUCCUCCUCGGCUCUCCGACUCAGCAAAGGCUUCUAUGGCACCGGCGAGACAUUCCUCUUCUCCUUCUCUCCACAGCUGAAGGUCUUUAAGUGGACUGGAAGCAACUCUUUCUUUGUGAAGGGAGACUUGGAUUCACUGAUGAUGGGCAGUGGCAGUGGCCAGUUUGGGCUGUGGUUGGAUGGAGACUUGUUUCACGGCAGAAGCUACCCUUGCGCGACCUUCAACAAUGAGGUGCUGGCCCGGCAGGAGCAGUUCCACAUCCAGGAGCUGGAGGCCUGGCUUCUCAACUGACGGCCCUGUGGCAACAGGUACUCAGCCCUGCUCAUGAAUGCCACCUAGGCCUCUCUGACACCCGUGCUGUCUGAAACACAGAUGGUGAAGGGCCCUGGAGUAGGCCGUGGCUGCUGGCCAGACUCCUUGUGGCCUGGGGACCCAAGAUACAGGUGGGAGCAGGCACUGCUCUUUUGCAGAGGUGACUCUGAAGGAUUAAAAGAUGCUUACACCCUACCCAAGCAGCACAGAGUUCCUCAUGAACAUUAUCAUUUUAGAAGUUCUACAACUAAUUCAUGUUUAUAGUAGAAAAGCCAGAAGACAUUUUAAAAAAUUAAAACUGCCUAUAAUUAAA